AUGGAAGAUGUUGAAUCAGUAUGUUCACCAGAUGACUUGGUGUUAGUAGAUCCUGCCGAGGAUGUUGAACCAGUAGAUCCAACAGAUGAUAUAGAAACAGUAGAUCCUCUAGAUGAUGAUGAACCAGUAUAUCCUUCUGAUGGUAUACCGUCAGUAGAUCGUACAGUGGUUGUUAAACUAGUCGAUUUGCCAGAAGAUUUGUUGCUAAUAGAUUCUGAAGAUGAUGAUGAAUCUGUUAAGUCUCUUGAAGAUGCGAAAACAGUAGAUUCUGCAGAGAAUGUAGAAUCAGUAGAUUCUGAAGAUGAUGUAAGGAAAGAUUCUACAGAAGAUGUUGAACCAGUAUAUCCACUAGGUGAUUUUGUGUUAGUAGAUCCUGCAGGGGAUGUUAAACCAGUAGAUCCAACAGAUGAUCUGGAAACAGUAGAUCCUCUGGAUGAUGAUGAACCAAUAUAUCCUUCAGAUGGUAUACUGUCAGUAGAUCCUACAGUGGAUGUUAAACUAGUUGAUCUUGGAGAAGAUUUGGUGAGAAUAGAUUCUGAUGAUGAUGUUGAACCUCUAGAGUCUCUAGAAGAUGAAGAAACAGUAGAUUCUGCAGAGGGUGUAGAGUCAGUAGGUUCUGAAGAUGAUGUAGAGAUAGAUUUUGUAGACAUGUAUCCACUAGAUGACUUGGUGUUACUAGAUCCUGCAGAGGAUUUUAAACCAAUAGAUCCAGCAGAUGAUUUGGAAACAGUAGAUCCUUCAGAUGAUGAUGAACCAGUUAAACCUUCAGAGGGCGUAAUGUCAGUAGAUCCUGCAUGGGAUGUUAAAAUAGUCGAUCUGACAGAAGAUUUGGAGCUAAUAGAUUUUGAAAGUGAUGUUGAAUCAGUAGAGUCUCUAGAAGAUGAGGAAACAGUAGAUUCUGCAGAUGGUGUAGAAUCAGUAGAUCCUGAAAAUGAUGUAGAGAUAGAUUCUAUAGAUGUUGAAACAGUAUAUCCACUAGAUGACUUGGUGUCGGUCGAUCCUGCAGAGGAUGUUAAACCUGUAGAUUCUGCAAAUAAUUUGGAAACAGUAGACCCUCCAGAUAAUGGUGAACCAGUAUAUCCUUCAGAUGGUGUACUGUCAGUAGAUCCUACAGUGGAUGUUAAACUAGUUGAUCUGCCAGAAUGUUUGGUGCUAAUAGAUUUUGGAGAUGAUGUUGAUCUAGUAGAGUCUCUAGAAAAAUAG